CUAAAUUUCGUCGUUCACCAAAUUUUGCCUAUUUAUGUGUGAUGUGAAAUGUUUUGUGUCGCAUAAAUGUAAACUAAUUUUGUUAGUGAUGUAGUUUACAUUUCAUGUCAAUUAACUCUUCCUGUGUAAUUAGAACAAACGAAUUGGACAGUGCAAUAAUAAAUGUCGACCUUUUGAACUGUGUAUGUAUAUUUUGCGUACAGACUGAAAGUGUUGUGUUUAAAAGUAUAUUAGUUAGAAAUCGUAAAAAGGCGUUGGAACUGAUAAUAAUUGCAUGAUCUUGUUUCGUACAUGGGACGUGCAAUCGAUUAAUUUUGGACGGUAUUAUGUAUACGAUUGCGUGUGGUAAAGACCACCUGGAGAUCAGGAGAGAUUAUUUGGAACUAUGUUUACGACGACAGGAAUGGUAGCAGCACCACAGCAAGCGACUAACCAGGUCGUGCAAAAUGGCAGUACCACAUUACCUCGAUCUCAUCAUCAAAGAACAGGCAGGCCACCGGCAGCUCCUAAAUCAUAUGACUAUCUCCUGAAGGUGCUACUUGUGGGAGACUCUGAUGUGGGUAAACAGGAAAUUCUCCAAGACUUAGAGGAUGGAUCUGCAGAUUCACCUUUCUGCAGUGGAAGUGCUUACAAAACAACAACAAUCUUAUUGGACGGUAAAAGAGUGAAGCUUCAGCUAUGGGACACCUCAGGCCAGGGACGUUUUUGUACAAUUAUACGCUCAUACUCUCGUGGUGCUCAAGGUAUCCUUCUGGUCUAUGAUAUAACUAACAAAUGGUCUUUUGAUAGUAUAGACAGGUGGCUAGAAGAAGUAGAAAAGCAUGCACCUGGUGUACCUAAAGUGUUAGUUGGUAACCGAUUGCACCUCGCAUUCAAACGUCAAGUACAAGAGCGAGAUGCGGAACAGUAUGCAGCCAAGAACCACAUGGCUUUCUUUGAAGUCAGCCCACUCUGUGACUUUAAUAUUCGGGAGAGCUUCUGUGAACUCUCCCGCAUGGCUCUACACAGGAAUGGCAUGGAAAGGCUCUGGAGAAGUAAUAAAGUUCUCAGUCUUCAAGAGUUGUGUUGUCGUGCGAUUGUUGCGCGUACUUCCGUGUAUGGGCUGGAGCGAUUGCCAUUGCCGACCACUUUAAAGUCACAUUUAAAGUCAUACGCGAUAUCGGCCGCCCCCAGUAGACAUCGAGCCCGGCCACCGAAGCACCCUCACAACACCCGACUCAACUGCACAGGUCGGAAUUCUUGCACUAUUUCAUGAACUACCAAACUCGCGUAGCAUUAGAUUAAGCCUUUUCCUUAAAAAUGCACUGAUGGAAUGGAUUUAGUCAUGUCCUGUCUACAUUAAUUCCUUUUUUACUGACUGUAAAUGCCAUUUGGAUUUUGGAUAGAAUGAAAUGCUAUUUUUCUAGUCUAUUUUAUAGAUAUAAAAGUUUUGUUCAUUGAACAAAGAAAGAAAUGAUUAUGUUUGAAUGCAUCAUUUGCACUAUACUUUUUUAAUUUUGUCACAUAAUAUUUAAACUCAAAAUAGUCUUGCUCUAUGGUUAUUUAAAAUGGUAAAAUCAAUAUGGUAAUUGAAGCAUUCAAAUGUAAUAAAAUCACAUACAAAAUGUUACAACGAAACUUUUUAAAAUUUUUGCACAGUCUGAUGGUCUUUGAAAAAAAUUUAUGUGAAAUUAAAUAUGAGCAAACAUUUAAAUAUAUAAAUGUUUAACUACACAAUUGAAUUUUCUAUGCAACUUAUAUAAGAUUUAUUCCUCAGUUGUAUACUAAGAAAAGGGAGGUAUUUGAAUUUAUGAUACAUUUUGAUGUUCUAUGACUUUUCUGACAGUUAUUAAUGUAUUAAACAUGCAAUCACUUUAUAAAAAAAUAUUUUUAAUAGUUGAAAAAUGAAAUCAAAUAUUAUAACAAUCAAAAUUUAUUACACAUAUUAUUAGAGAUUUCAAGCUAAAAAUUUGACUAGAAAAAGUGAUAUAACCAAAAAUUAUACCAAGAUUAUACUGACAUUUUCAAUUUAUUAAUAGAUUUUAAAAGUAGUUUUUUUUAUUUCUGCAAUUCGGAAAAAUCAAGAAAUCUUAUAAAAAAUGAUUGAAUUAUUAAUGUCCAACUAUUAUAUACACUAACAAAUAACAGGCUGUAAACGACAACGGUUUUGUGAUUAGUAUUAUAAGGUAUUAGAGUAAGGUAUUGUUACUUAACAACAAAAAUACAUUGUGAAUAUAAGUGUUAUGUAAUUAUAACAUUAUGUGAAUAUUGUCUAGUAUCCCGAUUGUCCAUUUAUUCAAAUCAACUUAUGUAUUCUAUAUACUAUUGUAAUUAUCAUUAUGUGCCUAGUUAUAAAUACAUUAGCAUUAGUUGUUAUGUGGUGAUAUUAAAGAGUACAUCAAGUGUUUAAGAAAUGUGAGCGAGUUAAAUUCAAACUCAAUAGAUGGUUGAAAAUUGAUUUUAAAAUACAACAAAAUUAAGAAUGGAAGCCAUACAAAGGAUGUAUUGACUUGAUAAAAACAAAAAAAAACUAUUUUUUUUUUAAUUUUCAAGGUACAGCUGUAUUAUAGAUUACAAAUAUAAAUGUUUACAAAUUGAUUAAAAGCCAUUUAAUAAUUUUUCUUAUCUAAUUACAUCUUAGUUUAGACCACAUUUGAGACCCUUGAUUUAUAUUUCAUGCAUACGUCGCCCUACGGUCAGUAUAAGUAUAUUGUUCCCAGCAUAUUAGGUGCUAUACGUGUGCAAUAACAUGAGACGCGAGCACCCCACACAUCCUUGCGUUACAUAUUUGACCACAUAGCGUUUAGUACACUCUCAUACGUUAGUCUCAUAAAAUAUUCACCAACUGAUUCCUUUUUACGUCAUCGGAUUCAGGUCUCACGUUAUAGUGCUUGAGUAUUGCUAUAUUUAAUAAUUUUGUACCUUGUAUAAUUUAUUAAUAGCUAAAUCUAGUUAUUUUUACGUGUGAAUAUAAAAUACGAAUUAUCUAAUGAAUUUUUUUUUUAUAUUUUGUAUAACUCAUGAAAUUUUAGAUGUAUGUACUAACUUGAACACCAUUUAUUCUAACAUUGUAUUAAAAAGUUAUUCAUGUAUGUUUCAUUGAUCAUGUGAUAAAUUUAAGAUAAAAAAAAUUACUUUUUUUAUAUCGUGUAUACUUGUCCACUAACAUUUAUUAAAAACCAAAAUGUAGAUAAGCCAAGGAGUUUGCCAUUUGUCUAAAUUAAAAAAAAAACUUGAUACAUAAUAUGUGUGACACCCCUGAAGUGUUUACUUGAACGAGUUUUAAAGUCACGAAUAUAAUAAUUAUGCUACUUAGUCCAUUAAAAUAGUAGAAAGUUGUUUGUGAGUACGUUUCGUCUAAAUUUUAUUCCAAUUUCAUUCAUGUAACUUUAAUCAAACAAAUGCAACUCCAAAAAAAAUCUAACCUCGUAUUAGGGUAUAUCGGCUAUUUUCGUAGUAAUUAUUUAUAUUAUACAUUUGCAUAUUUUUUAGAAAUAAGUCUGUAUAAUAUUGUAAUCUUAAUACCGUUCGCAUGUUUAGAUCACGGUUGUGUAUAUAAAUGUGGAUUUUGAUGACAGUGACAUUUGUAUUGGCAUAUACUGUCAUCUUUGACAUUCUCUUUGACAAAACAUCUUACUAAUAUUGUAAAUGCGAAUGUUUCGACGUAUGGAUAGAUGUUUGGUAGAAGGUAUGUCCAGAACUGUUGCAUAUGUCUGGCUGAAAUUUUGGCGUUAGUUGUAGAACAUAGUCUGGUAGAAGACAUAGGCUAUUAAUUUUUUUUAAUUUCCCGCCGACGGAGUCGCAGGUGACAGCUAGUAGAUAUGUGUCAAUACAAGGGUCAAGGUAGUCAAAAACACAGUAAAGCUCUCUACACAUCUAUAGUUUUAACGGCACAGUUCAAGUGUUUAGUUAAAACUGAAUGUGUGUAGCGGGCUUAAUGUGUAACUAUCAUAUGACAAUACAUUGAUUUUGCAUUUAUCGUACGCUCGUACUAACUGGAAUUUAAUUUAGCACCUACUUCUUGGAAAUAGUUUUCACUUUGCUUUUAAUAAAUUACAAACCAAUUCUUUUGUACAAUAUUCAAUAAAAGAGCCCAUAAAAUGAUGCUAAUU